CGUAACAAAACAGUUCAAAUGAUAUAAAACCCUUCACACUUUGACAAUAUCCCCCUUCUCCAUCGCACUCACUUCUUUUCAAACAACGAACAUAGCAAUGCUUUCCAGGCGCUUCAUCCUCACAGCUCGUCCAAGUGUAUUACGCAUCCCCGCACACAUCUUGCGUCCAACCGCUGCAGCAACAGUUCGGUUCAAUACCACAUUUCCCCAAAAGAAUCAGGCAGCAGAGAGUUUUACCGCCCGUAAACCUGUUGAGGUCUUGAUCAAGAACGAUCAUAGGUCAUUUGAAGAGCUGUAUGAUCGGUAUAAAAAGAAUGCAGGCAAUGCUGAAGAACAACAGGCAAUUAUCAAUGAGCUGAUCCGUGAAGUAGCCCAGCACUCUAUUGCGGAGGAGACCGUUGUCUAUCCGUUGAUCGAAGAAAGAAAUAUUCUAGGAAGUGGCGAACACAUUGCAGAUCAUCUCCGUCAAGAUCACUUUGAAGUCAAAAAACUCUUGUUGAAACUCGACAAAAUGCGGGUUGGUGACAAGGGGUUUGAUGAGACGCUCAAUAACGUUAUGCGAGUGCUGAAGGAGCAUGCUACUGAGGAAGAGACCAAGGAAUUACCCGAAAUCGCAAAGGUUAUCCCAGAACCGGAACGGAUCGACUUGUCCAAAGCAUUUUUGCGUCGGAAAGCGAUUUCCCCCACUCAUCCUCAUCCCCAUGCACCCGACAAGCCACCUACAUUGGAAGUCCUUGCUGGGCUCCCUGUCGCACCUAUUGACAAACUUCGUGAUCAAACCCGUAAAUUUGCCGAGAGACGCAUUCCCCAAGAAUGAUUGUAUGUAGCUGCUAUGUGGGGGCGGUGAAUUUGCCUGCCCUUUUUGUAUAGUUUUUUUUGCGCUGCUGUUAAUAGCAUUCAUGGCCGACAUAUAUAUCUAACAAGAAAUGUGAUCCCACCAACAA